UCCAAUUUAGAAAAACACCCUCGAGGAAGAGUGGAGAAAAACAAAAAAGAGGAAAUUUUGCAAGGGAUGCUCGGAAAAAGCCAAGCUAGGGCCAUGAGAUGCAGGAGACUUCACACGCUCUACAGGCGUGCGGGCUGUGGGAAGAUUUAUGAGUUAUUGUCUUAAAAGGAGCUCCUUACUUAAGCCAGAAGCAUGAUAGCUAGUUAGGGUCUAAUCUUGCUAGAGCUGCUUUGAUGGGGGGAGAGAGUUUUAUUUUUAGCCAGAGAAGUAAUUAAAGCAGGCACUGAAUCUGAAAACAUCUCAGGGAUCUGGCACAGAAGGGCAAAAAGUGCAUCUUAGGCAUUCGUGUGAACUGCGAAAGAAGCAGUGAAUGUGUCAGAGAAGGGCGGAAAGAGAGCAGGCUCGGAGUUUAUCUAGUAACAGCAAAACUGAACAUCGAAGUUACAGAGUGCCUGCCCACUAACAAAACCACGUCUCUGCAGACUGAGCAGCUGGGAUGGCUGAAGAAGACCUAAAUGGCACCGGCACCCCCUUCUCUCUUUCUUUUUCAGGCAGCGGUUUUCUUGCACUUUACCAGAUAGGGGUGGUCCAGUCGCUCUUGGAAUUGGCACCUGAGAUACUAAAAUCAGCAUCCAAAGUUUAUGGAGCAUCAGCUGGGUCACUUAUAGCUGCAGCAGUGGUGUGUGAAUCUAGCCUAGAGGACCUAAAAGAAUCUUUCCAUGAAGCAGUGAGAGAUGCCAGGAAAACGAUUCUCGGCCCUCUGUCUCCCGGGUGCAACACGCUCGGCACCAUACAGAAGGGAUUGUACAAGAUGUUGCCAGAGAACUCUCACCAGGUAGCUUCGGGGAGGCUGCACAUUUCCCUCACCCGGGUGACGGACGGACAGAAUGUCAUGGUUUCCGAGUUCAGUUCGAAGGAGGAUCUGAUUCAGGCACUGAUCUGCAGCUGCUUUGUUCCUAUCUAUUGCGGUUUCAUCCCUCCCUCCUUCCGAGGUGUGCGCUACGUCGACGGAGGUUUCACUAACCUGCAACCAUGUUCUGACCUGGAGGCCGUGAUCACGGUGUCCCCAUUCACGGGCGAGCUGGACAUCUGUCCCCGGGACUGCCCGGCUAUCUUCUACUCUUUUCAGAUCUUUAACAGCAGCAUUCAGAUCUCAGUGGAAAACCUGUGCAGGAUUAGCUAUGCUCUCUUUCCACCUAGCUACCUGGUCCUGAAUGAGUUUUUUUCUCGAGGGUAUCAGGAUGCUGUCCUUUUCUUACACAGGAACAAUGCCUUUGGUAUAAAUUAUCCCGCCAACACGGUGACCUUCCGGUUUGCCAGUUUGCUCAGUAAAAAUGACUUGUCUCGAGCUAAUGAGGAGUCCUCAUGCCGGAACCCAGACACAGGAGGGCUGGAAUCCAACGGGCCAGCUCCCAGGGACCUGCCCCCGAAGCAGGCUGCUGCGGUGAGCGGGACACUCAAUGGAACAGACCAGAAAAUACAGCCGCAGCUGCCCCCGUGCCAGCACAAAGCUGCCCAGGAGAGGCAGAAGGCAUCUGGAUUGCUGGACUCGGUGGCUGAGAUAAUAUCACAGUGUCUUAUGUCAUAUAAGCUUCCUACAAAGAUGAUGUUUUCUCUUAAUAAGAGGAUAGAACAGCUCUGGGCCUUGUUGGACGAGAUGUGCUGGAUGGCACAACAGUUCAAAAGGACCGGGCGUUUGGUCAGAAACACUGCUGCUGGUUUGUCAAAUGGAGUGGUGUCAGAGAGGAGGCUGUCAUCACUGGGCAUGCUGCAGUAUUAACGCUCGGGUGACUCUGCAACUGUGCUGCUGAUUGAAUGGCUUAAGCAGCGAUGGCUGAAAUUAGGACUCAGUUCACACAGUCACUAUUGCCUCUCUGAGGACAUGUUCUUUAAGGCAGAGGGGGCAAGCUUGAUUUCUAAUGCUGCCAAGAGCUUACCCCUUCUAUGAGAAGUAUUCAAGAAAAGGUUGUCACACUCAGCCUGUCCCGGUGCACCACUUUCCAAGGAGAGAUAUGUUCUGGUGAGAUGGAAAUCAAUGCAUCUUUAUAAUUAUUAAAUGGCAAAAAAUGUCAUUGACACAGAGUUAAGGCUGCCCCGUGAUUGCUCAUGCCUUUCCACAACAUCGACUUCAGCAAAUCUCAAACUCCAAAAACCAGGAAAUACAGAGUUAAGGUGAAUGCCCAUACAACCUUAACUCUGCCCCCCCAGCGCUGGCAAUAGGUACUGGGAAUUAUCUGCAGUCACUCCAGCUGCAUUCACUAUGCUGGACAUAGCUGUACUGAAUGAUGGAGAAAUAGGCUGGAGUAGCUUGGAAGAGCUGUGAUUGUGAUAUGAGGAGCUCUGGGUUUGAGUCCCCCCAUGUGGAAGCAAGAGGUGUGCGUGUACCUUGAGGUUCCAGUCUACCUCAUUACCACAAGAAUUGUGUAGUGUGUGUCAGGGCACUAAUGGUCUUCUUGCCAUUGGUAUUGUCAGCAGGGAAAUAGGAUAUCAGAGCAGUCUGGAUUUAAAGAUGGGUAGGGGAAUGCCCAUGUUUGGGUGGUACCCUAUGUGAAGGGGUUGUAAAAGGGUAAGAAGUGGUGGUUACAUUUCACAAUUGUGGUAUUAUGGUGGGGAAGCAGGAUCAGUGUUUCAGAGUACAGAAAAGUGCAGCUAGCACCUGUCCACUACUGUGAAAUGGCAGAGUGGGAAUCUGUGUGUUACGGGCAUUGUGGGUGCUCAAAGAGGGCAGAGUUAAGGUGGUGUGAGAAUUUAUCUUAACUCUGUAUUUCUUGGCUUUCAGAAGUUUGAGUUUUGCUGACCUCAAUGUUCUGGAAGGGCAAGCUAUCACUGGGCAACCUUAUUUUAACAAUUUUUUUGGCCAUUUAAUUUCCUAGCUUUCUAAACAGAAAGAGAAAUGUUCGUUGGGAGGAGUUACUGGUAAUUUAGACAGUUGUAGUUCUCGCCUAGAUUUACAGUUGAUAUGCAACUGAAGCUAGAUAAUAACCCCAAAACCUAGUUUUUAUAUAGUGCUUUUCAUCAGUACAUCUCAAAGAACUUUACAUCAUUAUCUCCAUUUUACAAAUGGGAAACUGAGGCACAGAGCAUGGAAGUGACUUGCCCAAGGUCACGCAGCAGGCCAGUGGCAGAGCUAGCAAUAGUCCCAGUCCAGUGGUUGUUCCACUAGGCCACACAGUUGCUUGUGAUUUGAAAUGUUGGCAAUGUGCAGUUGCUAACAGGGCCAAUGAGAGAAAUCUUAUCCCUGGUCUAUGUCCCCCAACCUGGCAGUGUUAGUACAUGGUGGUUAUAGUAACUUUAAGCAUGUGAGAGAAGACUGGUGUGGUGUGUCUCUCUCCUUCCCUACUCCCUGCCCCACUAUUCCCUGCAACAUGUAGCCCCCUACCGCCAACAUUUCCAGCUCCCUCUCCCCUCCCUGUCCCAUUAAGCCUUUAGCUGGUGCAGUAGAAGCCAUUAACAUGUAAGAAGUUGCCCCUCACUGUCUCCUGCCCUGUGCUGCUGUGUGCACAUAACACAGAUAGCAGCUUACCCGAGGACCACACGCUACUUUGGUUCUGAAGCCUGAGCUGCACAUUGAGGCGGGCCCUGCCUCCCACUUCCCACCCCCAGCUGGGACUCCGGCACCUGCUUCAGCCAGGCUUCUCCAGUCAUGUUCCAGCUCCACCCAGCCCACCGCACCUCCAAAGUGUCCCCCAACGCUCUGCCCAGCUCCACCACCGGUGGCCACUGAGGCAUUCCCAAAAUAUUGGACAUGCCCAAUACUUUUGGGAACAUCUGUCAGCCCCCCCAUUGCCCUCCGAGAUCCUGGCAUACACACAGGUGGCAGGGAGUGGGGCUCAGACACCACUGGUGAGGGCACGCACCCCCAAAUUCCAUAGGAGGUAGGGGAAGGGCUCAGACACCCCCCAUCCCAGAAAAGCAACCCCCCAGAACCUUGCUCACAUGAGGAGAGGCAAGGAGAGGGGUCAGAUCACUUCAGAUGGACAGGGGCCUACAGAUUGUGGCAUUCACAUGGGAGGGCAAUGUGGGGCUGACAGCUGUCCCUACCUCAGCCUUUACUCUGCCCCAUUCCCCUUGUCAUUCACACCCAUGUCCCCCUUCCCAGUCUCGCACCCUUCCCCUCCCUCAUCCCCUAGCCCCCAUCCCCUAACCCCUCAGCCCCCUCCCCGCCACACUUCCACCCCUAAUCUCAUGACAAACUUCCUAACUGUCAGAACAGCAGGACAAUGGAGCAGACUGCCUUGGGAGGUUGUGGAAGCUCCUUCACUGGAGGUUUUCAAAAGGAGGCUGGAUAGCCAUCUGCCUUGGCUGGUUUACACACAACAAAUCCUGCAUCUUAGCAGGGGGUUAGACUAGAUGACCCUUGCGACCCCUUCUAACCCUCUGAUUCUAAUAAUCAUCCUCCCCUCCCAGCAAGCCUUUGCUUAUGUAGUUUAUUUUCUUUCCAACAAUAGUUUCAGCGUCUUUUGACUAUUCUGCUGUAUUCAGAUUACAUUUCCCCCAAAUAAAAACCCCCUUUGCUAGAGGCAGAUUGGAGCAAUACACCUGUUUUUUUGUUUUGUUUUAACUUCAGACUUCUGCCCUGGGCUGGAUUUGAAAUCACAAUUCCUAGAUUGGUGCUUCUAUUUAACACCCACGACAGUCCCUCAGAGCCACCCGGGUCCUAUG